UAGAAAAGUGCAUCACUACAAAACGACAUAACUUGUUUGCUUUCUAUAAGAAAAACGACAUCGUAUUUUUUCAGUAAGCGUAAGCCUAAAGAAGCACGGAACGGAAAAAUGCUCCCAGUAACCCCGAAAAAGGAACUGUGUGAAGUGACGAAAGGAGUUGCGGUGCUGCUUCAAGAGUUGAUUACUUUACUUCCAAACAUCUUUUGGAGGUGAAAAUUCUGUACAUUGUUUUUCCCAUUUGGGUGUUUUGAGAUGGAAGUAGAAAGAAAAAAUGGGGAGGAAAAAUAUGCUGCUGAUAUUUUCUCAAUCAAGGAAGCACAAGCUCGUAUCAGCUCAUUCAUACACAAAACUCCUGUUUUUACCUCUGAAUCUUUAGAUGCUCUUUCAGGAAGGAGGCUUUACUUCAAAUGUGAACUUUAUCAAAAGGGUGGAGCUUUUAAGUUCAGAGGUGCCUGCAAUGCUGUGUUUUCACUCAAUGAUAAUCAGGCUGCUAAAGGGGUUAUCACCCACAGCAGUGGUAAUCAUGCUGCAGCAUUGGCUUUGGCUGCAAAACUGCGAGGAAUUCCUGCAUAUAUAAUUAUACCGAAAAAUGCUCCAAAAUGUAAAGUUGAGAAUGUAGUGCGAUACGGUGGUCAGAUUAUCGGGUGCGAGCCCAAUAUGCAGUCUAGGGAGAGCACAGCAGCCAAGGUGUUGGAAGAAACUGGCGCAGUUCUUCUACAUCCUUACAAUGAUGGCCGUAUCAUAAGUGGACAGGGAACCAUAUCAUUGGAGCUUUUGGAGCAAGCUCCACAAAUUGACACUAUUAUAGCUCCCAUAAGCGGUGGUGGUUUAAUAUCAGGAGUGGCUUUGGCUGCCAAGUUUAUCAACCCAGCCAUUCGAAUAUUAGCUGCUGAACCCAAAGGAGCUAAUGACGCUGCUCAGUCCAAAGCUGCUGGUAAGAUAAUAACAUUACCGGAGACCAACACUGUUGCUGAUGGGCUUCGAGCUUUCCUUGGAGACCUUACUUGGCCCAUUGUGCGGGAUUUUGUUGAUGAUGUGAUAACUGUGGAAGAUAAUGAGAUAAUAGAAGCCAUGAAAUUGUGUUAUGAGAUUCUGAAAGUUGCUGUUGAACCUAGUGGAGCAAUUGGUCUAGCUGCUGUUCUAUCCAAUGGUUUCAAGAAAAACCAAGCAUUCAAGGAUUGUAGCCACAUAGGUAUUAUACUUUCCGGAGGUAAUGUCGAUCUAGGCCCCCUAUGGGAGUCAUUCGAAUCGAAAGAUGAUGAUUGAUCUAUUUGCUUUUUCUUGUAGCAAUGGUAUUUAAAUUCAUCUCUUUUUAAACUAGUGGCCCUAGCCAAAGAGUUCUAGGGAUGAGUGGAAAUAGUUUCUUUUGAUCAAAGUGGCAAGAUACUUGAUCAUGCUCUGUUGCUCUAUUUCUUCUUCUAAUUUGUUUGUGUCAUUUACUUGUAACUUUGUGUUAUUUGUAAAUCACAUCACAUCUUAUCUUAUCUUAUGUUUAUUUUUGAAUCUAUUUAUUUGUAAUAUUGUGCCUGAGUUGUACUUCCUUCACUAUAUUUUAAAAUUGUGUAGUGGAUUCAAAAC